GCAACCAACUCUCCUCCUCUUUCUCCUCCUUCUUCUCUUCUUCGUUGGGAUCUGCAGUGUGGAAACAGGCCGGGACCGACUCCACGAGACCCCCCAACCACAGGAUGUCCUGUCCCACUUCUCCCUCAAAGCCAAUGAUGACCUCAAUUCUCCUACCAAGAUUCACACUAGAUCCUGGACGAAGCAACAGCAUCACCUUGGGAUGGGCUUUGUAGUCAUAAGAGGCCUCUUUCGCCCAACCUUCAAGUAUUUGGAUCCAGAAUUCCAUUUUAGAUGAGCUUGCAGGAAAGACAGAUCAAAGCAGACACCAAAAGGCAGUAUGUACUUAGAAAACCGGAUACUAGAAGGCACCUCCAUGCUGAUAUCUUCUUGGAGAAGAUGUCUCAAGUCCUCAAACCUUCUGCAACCCUGACUGCGUUGCAUCGUGACACCAUGAAUGAGGUUCUUCGCUUUCCGAAGCACUAGAAGGCACCGUUUGGUCAUCUCCUGCGCUUUGGUGCGGCACAACGGGACGGCGCAACAACAUCCUCCCAACUUCAGAAUAGCGGAGUUGAGAAAAAUGAGCGGCCGGCCGCCUCUAGCCGAAAAGGCGCUUUCGGAGAGUUACGCCCGCCUCCGGUACCGGGACACUUCCCUCCUCAUUUGGCAGCAACAGCAGCAGAAACUGGAGAGCCUCCCGCCGGGGACGUACUUGAACCGGAGCCAAAGCAUGUGGUACUCGCAAUACGGCAACCAAGCUAUCUUGGUGCGGGAUCGGAACAAGGCAGAUGUCACCCGGGACACGGGGCAGUCCAAGUUUUGCACUGUGAUGUGACUUUCUUUUCUUUCGACGAUGUAGAUGGAAUGCGGCUUUAGAUAUUACUUGAACUGCCAUGGCUCAGUGCAGUAACAUCCUGGGAGUUGUAGUUUGGGGAGGCACCAGUACUCUCAGGAUAAAGAUUGUAUCAAACUACAACUCUCGGGAUCCCAUCGCAAUGAGCCAUGGUGUCUAGAUGUAUUCAUUCGACAACAACACCCCCCUCGGAAGUAGGUGAGAUAUGGAGUCGAUAAUAAAACAAAUACAUCUGGUGUAGCUGCCUCUUGCUUUGAGCUUCAGGGGGAGUUGGGUACGAAAUAGAGUGAAAUAUAAAUAUUUGUAGUUACAAA